AUGUCUCAGCCCUUCACUCCUAGGCCUUUCUCUGGUAAUCCUACCGAUGAUGAUGCAGCGGCUGUAUAUUGGGCUCAGCAGGAUGCUAUGAGUCUUGUCUUCCAGAUUAAUGAUGAAUUUAUCCCUAAGCUCACACUCUCCUCCAGGACUACCAAGUUUAGCGCCAAAACCUACAAAUCAUUACUUGCCAGGGCUUUCAAUUGCCAUCCCAAGGCCUCGUUCCUUAAUAGAUUGUUGGGAAUCCCACAUACGUCUACCCCAGAGGAACUUUGGACUUACACUAAGGACACUGGAUGCAAAUCUUAUUGUGUUGAAGAAAACUGUCAGCCACUCUACAACUUAAUUUUUGCAACAGUCCCUGGUCUCCGCGUUGAUUCAGCGAUUUGGUCUCAAAACAUAUCGCCACUCAAUUGGAAAUUUUGA